AGGCCCCGGUGGCGCGUUAACCUCCCGCUCGUACGCAGUACGCUCUCGACUCUCGCGCAGGCCAGGUUGCACCAAUCCCGUCAGUCGAUCCGCCGACCACGUGCAUCCCGCCACGACAGGCGAAACGCCACGAGAGAGAAAAGCCACCGACGAUCGCGCGCACGUGCCUCUCGUAUAGCGACGAGGAACGUCUCGCCAGACCAGACGGGAACGAUAAUGGUGAAUUCCUGCCGAUAAAGGAAGCUUACCGCGACGGAUGUAACGCGCGCGCGUCUUGUCGCCAAACACGUUCGACGAUCAAUCGUUCCACGAUGAUUACAAGGUGAAGUCAACGGAGGUGCGCCAGUGCGAGUAAUGAGCAUCGAGCUCUGCUAGUUCUCGAGCGACGUUUCGAGUGAUACACGAAGGAUAUAUUUUCAAGUGCGCGCGGCUAGAAUUCAAACGGACGUUGCAAAUUAAUUCGCGCGAGACUCCGAUCUCUUCGGCCGCGAGCGCUUUUCGCGCGCAUUACACCGUGACGCCAGCGGACGAAUUUAAUUCCGCGGCGGCUUUCUCACGGCUGUGAGAAAUCAGCCUGGGACGAUUAAAUGAUGAAGAGGAGGUGGGCCGCCGUCAUUCUUCCCGGUCGGGGCGUUCCACUUUCGGUGCCGGCGCGUGAAAUCGACGGGACGAGGCGAAAAUGAAUUCGAAACGGUCACGCCAGUGCGUGGCAGCACGUGAGGCCCGCUUCUUGCCGCGGCGAGAGCGCGACCGCGCGGCGCGGUAACCUUCGAGAAAGAAAGAGAGAGAGAGAGAGAGAGAGAGAGAGAGCGGGUCCUUUAAAUUGUCGCGCUCCGACGAGCUCUCGUGGCGAAAAAAGGGAACCGGUCAGAAAAACCGUCUCGCCGGAGAUCGAUCGGCCGGAACGGGUCGGAAUAAUUGAAUUAUCGAAAGUGCGGAGGCACGGAGAGCAGUCCCCGUAGAACGACCAUACAUGGUCGUCCUCUGCCUACGAGAAGGCUUCCUCGCGGAGGAAGAAGCGGGAGCGUCGUCGUCGUCGUCGCGUGGGAGGUCGAGCAUCGUGCGCGGUGCUUUUUACGCGGAGCUGAGGAGAGACAGAUUCGUGCGGAACCCACACACGCGGUCAGAGCGGCACUUUCAAUCGCGGAUCUUGCUCUCUUGCCUGCGACGGGAGCGGUAGCGCAAGCGUGUGCCUCACUUGUGCGAGCGAGUUGUAUUUCGCAACGAACGAAUCUUCCAGGAAAAACGCAGCUUUCUCAACUCUUUCCUCGGCGCGUCGAGAAGGACGCAAGGACGCGACCGAAGACGACCGACAGAUCGAUCCGGAUGAUCGGCGGUGGAACGAGGGGAACCUGAUUCGGAGCGAGUUCGCGCUGCCGCCGAGCAGCCGGCACGAAUAAUUACAACUAGUUGGUUAGCGAACGCCGCUAAAUCUCCGCGGUAAAUCCCGCUGGGUGAACGAGUGAAUUCACUCAACCGAGUGAGACGAGGAAGAAGGAGGAAGAAGGAGGUGCAGGAUAUACGAGGGAGAAAAGGAAAUAAAAUGGAACCGUGUGCGCGACCUGCGAACCUACGAACAGUCUGGGAAAGCGCGUGGAGAAUUGCACGCGAAGUCAAGUGACCCGCCGUGGAGUCGCGACGCACAGCGUUCACCUGUCAACGCCUGACAUGCAGUCGCGCCGGAGUGCAUUGGCGAAGUUCGCUCGCGGGGAAGCCUCGCGAAAUAAAGCGCGCGUUGUGCGUUGACGUUGCUGUUGCUCGUGACAAACGCGCCCGAGCGCGCCGCCAACGAGGUGGUUCUUCCACUGCCGGCAGAAAAACGAGAUAAAGCGGGACAAUAAGAAGGCGAGAAAAGAACGAGCAUGCCGCUCGCGGGGACCAGGAGAUUAUGCAGAGUGGGACUCGCCGCGGUCUUGGUCACCGCGCUGUGCGUCCUGACUCUGCUAGACUCGCCGCCACGACUCCCGGAUCCUACGACCGAUCUUCCUCCCACGCCUGGUGGCGAGCCGCCGGGCACAAGAAGCAUCGUCGCUUAUUCGUGGGCACGGAGAUUGGCACUCGAUUACAGGCCCACCAAGCAGUGCGACGGUAAUGGAACGCGCGAAAUGGCGUUAAACGCGUACAAGCCGCCCGGCACGAAGUGGCUCGAGACAAUCCCGGGACGGCUCUUCCUGUAUAGCGCCCACUUGGACCUCAGAGUCGCCGGUUACCCGAGCAUCAGAGUGAUUGGCGUUAAACGAGGAACCCUGCCGCCCUCUGCGCUCUUCUGCACUAUAUGGUACCGGGAGCACGGCAGGACGCGAUCCGUGAGUGUGGAGGCGCUUGUCUCGACGAUCUGGUUGGACGAGUGGGGUAGUACGGAGGACAAUUACACCGGAGUGCUCGUCAACUGUCAACUGCCUCUGGACGGCUCGAUACGCUCGCAGCCGUCUCGGGUUUACGUAGGUCCGAACACCUGUUACGCGAAUGCUAGUCAUAGUUUAACGACCCGCUCCGAAUUCGGCGACGAGCCGUCCGGCCGGAAGAGGCGGUUCACUUUGUGCAUCAAGGGACUGGACUUCGACGAGGACAUCUCGCGUAGGCUCAUCGCCUUCGUCGAGCUGCAUCGUAUUCUAGGCGCCAAGCUCUUCUACUUCUACGUGUUCAACGUGCACGAGAACGUGCUGAAGGUGUUGCGUUUGUACGAGCGGUCGAACGUGGUGCGAUGGUUCGCGCUUGAUCUACCCGGCGACUUGCCGAACGAGAAAACGGCUAGGAGGCAGUUCUUUCGCGAGGAUAUUUGGACCAAGAGGCGAAUGGAACUGAUACCCUACAAUCAUUGCUUCUACGAGAACCUUCACCGGUCGGAGUUCGUGGUGCCGAUCGACAUCGACGAAGCGAUCGUGCCGACGCGCAGGAAAACUUGGCACGAGCUGCUACUCGACGAACGCGCCAAGCUCGGCAGGAGUUUCAAGGACUUCGCCUCGUACUCUGUGCGCAAUGCCUAUUUCUUCCCCGAGCUGCAGAACAAGAGCCAGACCGAUCAGCUCGCCGGGUCCGACGAGCAGUCUGGUCGCUUGGCCGACCCGUACCCGGAUUACCUGGACACCAUGCGAACGGCCAGUAUCUCGCCCGAGGGCGACUCGGUGAAGAGCUUCGUUUCCACGAGGCGCGCGCUAACGGUGCACAAUCAUUAUGCCCUGACCACGCUGAACCCGUCCACUAGACGGGCUCAUCAUCUAGACUCGAACGACGUACUCAAACACCACCACCGAGCGUGCGACAGCAGACAUCUCGACUGCGAUCUCCUGAUGGAAGACGUUAGGAUCGACGAAUCCGCUCUACGCUACGCGGACGAGCUCAAGACGAGAAUGAAGAUCGCACUGGCCGAUCUCGACGCCUUGCCAUAGAUUAUAGUGAUAUUGUAAAUAAUAAAGAAAACCAUGCCUCUUUCCCGAAA